AUUCCCGUCGCUAUAGUUACGUGAUGUAAAUAUGUAUAACACGUUGGAUUUGUGCUAAGAAUGACAUUACUUUGUACUUGUUACUUGACAGCUCGGAUCUAUUAGGCGUGCAGACAAAUAGGUCUACAGAGAAUUGCAUACAUUUUUUAAAAGAAAUAAUAUUGAACAAUGAUAUACAUGAUAAAAAAUAUAGAAUACAUUUUUUUAGUAACUUUAUACGAUUAAUACAUUAAUUUGAGUGAUAGAGAUAUGGCUGAGGAAAAGAAAAUAUGCUUGGACAAGAUAAAUGUAACAGUAGCAAAACAUACAGAUUAUCCAUCGCCGGAAAUACCGGAAACAUUAUCAUUUGCGAAGGAACAGAAGUUGAUACAAGAAUCUAUUGAUUCGUUGAUAAAAACUAUUCCGUACAAGCAUUGGCGUAAUUAUGUGAAGCCCACCGACGAUGUAAGCAGUACUUUUACACCUGGCAUGGAUCAUUAUCGAGCCAGGACCUUGAAACCUGGACAAUGGCAUCUUUUCGGUGCCGAUGGUGUACUCACAAAUCCUCCUCGCGUCUUCAUUGAACAACACAACGAGGAAGUUAAACGAAGAGCUGCUGCUAUGGCUGAGAAAGAACGCGAUUCGUUGCCUGAAAAUAUAGUAAGUUUAAAGGAUUUAGCGGACAGUACAUGGCUGAGGAAGAAGAACGAGAAGGCAAAAGCCUUGAAGAGGAAAGAGUUGGAAAAAGUUAGAGCGACAAAGAGAAAACCAGAUCGAGAGAUCGUAUGUUAUGUCGAGGCAGAACUGCCGAAAUCCAUAGAAGAACAAUUAUACGAAUUAAUGGCGAUGGUCGAUAAAGAACAGAAUCGAUUAGUUAAACCCGAGGAUAUUGCCAAAAUAGUUUAUCUCCGAGAUCAUUGUAUAAGCGAUCAUCAUUUACAACCAUAUGAUUAUACUAAUAUUGAAGCAGCGAAGAGGCGUAUCAUUGGUAAAUUGCAAGAACGCGAAGAUUUCGAGAAGAUAACGAAAAAUUUGGAGCCGGAAAUAAUCAAUGACUAUAAACAAAGUCUUCGAAGCGCGAUAGUGAGUUACAUUCUGAUGGACUCCGAUGAGUGUAAGCGUUUAUCUAUCGAGACGCUGCCUGUCGAACUUCCCAUUUUAUGUAUUCGCGCACCAGUACCUUGGCAUCAGUCCAAGGUCACGGCGGGUCAUUUCGUGCAGCACAAUCUUUUCAUCGGGAAUGAGAUAUUGAGGGACAUUCGCGAUCUAUGGUUUUCAAAAUAUUAUCAAAUGAGAAUAAUUCGCAUGCAAGAUUUCGGAACGUUUCCCAUUCCCGCUGCGGAAAUCGAGCCGCGAUUAAAUAACCUGUGUAACGCCGCCACCAACGUACUCGUAAAAGAAUGGCUGUCCGACGUGGCGGAGAUCUUCUUCGAGAAGAAAGACGUCUGGUCGCAAUAUUUCGAGACACGGCCCAACGCGUCAACUGUGUUGAUCGAGAAAUAUUUUCGCAGUGUCAAUUCUCUCUUGUCGAAGCAACUGCGAAUCAUGAUAAUAAAGACACUGGAAGACGUGAGAGACUUCUUCAUACGGUAUCGAGCUGGCAACGCGUUCGAAGGAGAUUACAAGGAUCUCAUGUUUCUCGAAACUCCUUUCAUAACAGUGAGAGUGGAACCGGAACUCGGCACGACGAAACUGUACUGCAAACCGAGCAUCCUGGAAUUACACACUAUAAUCUCGCGAUGUUUCAACAAGAUCAUUGCAGUGAGCACUAUGAUACCCAAGAUUGAAGUCAUCCUGUUUCCCGAAUUGAAGGACGCGGGUUUCCUGUUUCACAUCUUGCGAUUAGAAGAUUCGGUAUUGAAUAUAAUUACUGACAUAUUGGACAUCAUCAUUAAGCAUAUGCCUGGUCCCGAAAAUUACCUCACAUGCUAUCAAAACUUAUUGUAUAUUACGAGCGGUGUGGCUGAGAAAAAAUUAGAUAAUUUCUUUAGGGUUGAACCGGCACCAUUGCUGCGAGAAUUUGAGCAGCAGAUAAAAGCGUAUGACGCUCUGCGAAAGGAGAUUUGUAUGUUUCCAUGUAAAAUUCCGCUGAACAUGAUCGAGAUCGAUUGCAGCGUCGUGAACGACGCGAUGAGAGAAAUCCUGCACACGCUUCGCAGUAGAAUAUGCAAUUUUUUCGCGGACGAGCUGCGAGCCAAUAAUCGCGGCCUGUGCUCAAUCUUCGACGAGAUAGCGGAGAACAUCUCGAAGAUGCCGGAAACGACGCAGGAGGUCGUCGAGCUGUACAACUAUCUGUGCGAGAGCCGCGACACGACGAUGUUCAAUCUAAAAAGACGACUGUUUCGCUCGAUCGAACUGAUCUUGUUCCUGUUCAAUCACCAACCACCCACGAACGAAGACAUCCAGCUGAACUCGCGCGCCAUCACCUGGCCGAAGGAAAUGGAGACGGUGAUGGAAUUGGCGAGUAAGAGACUGAACAUGAGAAAGGACUUCCUGGAGACGGUGCUGCGCACGCGACGGGACACCUUCGAGAAGAAGACAGUCACUAUGCAACUGGUGAUUGAUCAAUUCAAGCGGAAGGAUCCGCCGGUCCUCACGAUGGAGGAAAUGGUGCAAGCCGUAGAGGAGGUCGAGCACAUGUCUGCGACCAUGGCGGAGAUUCGCAAGGAGGCCGAAGAGAUCAACGAAGAAGAGGGAUUACUGGAUAUAGAAUUAAGUCCGUAUGUGGAGCUGCCGACUAUGUCCGGCACGGUGGACACCUUCGACCGGCUCUGGCACACGGCUCUGGACUUCCAUCGAAACUACGACCGGUGGUUUUACGGCCCUUUCCUGGGUCUGGACGCGGAGCGCGUGCGCGACGAGACCGAGGAAACGUGGCGCGUUCUGUACAAGCUGUCGCGCGUACUCACAGACGUGCCGGGCGCCAGACGCGUCGCCGAGAUGGUGCGCGGCAAGGUGGAGAAGUUCCGGCAGUUCAUCCCGCUGUUGCAGGCCAUCUGCACGCCCGGGCUGCAGGCUCGGCACUGGGAGAGCAUCAGCAAGACCGUCGACGUGGCGAUAAUGCCCACGGACGUCAGCAAUCUGUCGGAGAUGCUCGAGCUCGGCCUGCUCGCUCACAUCGCCAAGCUGGAAGAAAUAGCGUCGGCGGCCACGAAGGAGCACACUCUGCAGCGCAAUCUGUACAAGAUGAAGGACGAGUGGCAGGAGGUGUACUUCGAACUCACACCCUAUCGCGAGACCGGAGUGUCCAUAUUAUCCGCCGUGGACGACAUACAAGUGCUGCUGGACGAUCACAUACUCAAAGCGCAGACCAUGCGCGGCUCGCCGUUCGUCAAAGCGUUCGAAGAGGAGAUGCAGCAGUGGGAAGAGAAGCUCAUACUGAUGCAGGACAUCAUCGAUCAGUGGCUGCUCUGCCAGGCCACGUGGAUGUAUCUCGAGCCGAUAUUCAGCAGCGAGGACAUCAUGCGCCAGAUGCCGACCGAAUCGCGCAACUUCCGCCGAAUCGACAAGAUCUGGCGCAACAUUAUGCUGUACGUGCAACAGAACAGACGAGUGAUCGACGCGACCGCGAUGCCGAACAUGCUGCAGGAGCUGAAGCUGUGCAACUUGCUGCUCGACGAAAUCCAGAAGGGCCUGAACGACUACUUGGAGAAGAAGCGUUUGUUCUUCCCGCGAUUUUUCUUUCUGUCAAAUGACGAACUACUGGAGAUCCUGUCUGAGACGAAAGAUCCGCAGCGGGUGCAGCCGCAUCUGCGCAAAUGCUUCGAGGGUAUCAACAGGCUGCGUUUCACCAAGGAGGAGGAGAUCAUCGGCAUGCUGUCAGCCGAGGAAGAAUACGUACCGCUGAGCGGCAAGAUCUAUCCGGCGGACGCAAAGGGCAUGGUGGAGAGAUGGCUGUGCCAGGUGGAGGAGCUCAUGACAAUCUCAAUGCGCGACAUCGCCGAGGAGAGCGUAAUCGCGUACUUCGAGACGGAGCGCGAGGAGUGGGUGCUUGCGUGGCCCGGUCAGAUCGUCAUCUGCGCCAGCCAGAUACAUUGGACCAACGAGGUGUACGACUCCUUCGAGAACCUCUCCACGGCAUCUUAUCUGCAAAAAUGCAACGAUCAGAUUGAGAAUAUUGUCAGCCUCGUGCGCGGAAAGCUCGACCCCGGCGCCAGAAUCACGUUAAACGCCCUGAUCGUGAUAGAUGUGCACGCGCGGGACGUGGUGAAGCUGCUGAUCGACAAACAGGUGGACGAUCCGUCGGACUUCAACUGGAUAGCUCAGCUGCGCUACUACUGGUUGGACGAUUGCAUCACCGUCUCCAUGAUCACGACCAACAUUAUGUACGCCUUCGAGUAUCUCGGCAACACGUCCAGGCUGGUAAUCACGCCGCUGACCGACCGAUGCUACAGAACCUUGAUGGGCGCGCUGAAGCUGAACCUCGGCGGCUCGCCGGAAGGCCCGGCGGGCACUGGCAAGACGGAAACGGCCAAGGAUCUCGCAAAAGCCGUCGCCAAGCAGUGCGUGGUGUUCAACUGCUCGGAAGGACUCGAUUUCAAGGCGAUGGGCAAGUUCUUCAAGGGCAUCGCUCAGUCCGGCGCCUGGGCGUGCUUCGACGAGUUCAACAGGAUCGAGCUGGAGGUGCUGUCCGUAAUCGCGCAGCAGAUACUCUCGAUACAGAUGGCUAUCAGCAUGAAGCUGGAGAAAUUCAUGUUCGAGGGCACCGAACUGAAGCUGAAUCCCACCUGCAACGUUAUCAUAACGAUGAACCCGGGCUACGCCGGGCGCCAGGAGCUGCCGGAUAAUCUGAAGGCGCUAUUUCGCACUGUAGCGAUGAUGGUGCCGGAUUACGCCAUGAUCGGCGAGAUCACCCUGUACUCGUACGGCUUCACCGACGCCAAGAGUCUCGCGGAGAAGAUCGUUCACACUUACAAAUUGUGCUCGGAGCAGCUGAGCUCGCAAAAGCACUACGAUUACGGCAUGCGAGCGGUCAAGACGGUGCUGAUAGCGGCCGGCAAUCUGAAGCUCAAGUAUCCGACGCGCGACGAGUCCAUCAUCGUUCUGCGCGCAAUCGUGGACGUUAAUCUGCCCAAGUUUCUGUCGCAGGAUGUUUCCCUCUUCAACGGUAUCUACACGGACCUCUUCCCGGACGUGCAGCUGCCCCAGCCGAACCGCGGCGAAUUGGUCGAGUUGCUGAAGAAGAAUCUGGAGAAGCGGAAUCUCCAGGCCACCGACUGGUACCUGGAGAAGAUCGUGCAGGUUUACGAGAUGAUACUCGUGCGACACGGUCUGAUGAUCGUCGGCGCGGCGCUGGGCGGCAAGACGCAGGCUUAUAGAGCAUUGGCGGAGUCCCUGGGCGAUUUGUCGGGGAUACGAAAAGCCACGAUGAGAGAGUAUCGCACUGUCUACCGAGUGAUCAAUCCCAAGGCUAUCAUGCUGGAUCAACUGUACGGCAGCUUCGACCCGGUGUCGCACGAGUGGAGCGACGGCGUGCUAGCGAACACGUUUCGCGAAUUCGCGCAGUCCAUCGCCGUGGAGCGCAAGUGGAUCGUCUUCGACGGUCCGGUGGACGCGAUCUGGAUCGAGAGCAUGAACACCGUGCUGGACGAUAACAAAAAGUUGUGCCUCAUGUCCGGCGAGAUUAUACAGAUGUCCGGCAGAAUGAACAUGAUGUUCGAGACGGCCGACCUCGAACACGCCUCGCCGGCCACCGUCAGCAGAUGCGGCAUGAUUUACAUGGAGCCCUCUCAGUUGGGCUGGAUGCCCAUUUUUGAAUCCUACAAGAAGCAUCUAAAGGAGAAAUUGUUGUACGAGCAGUACGAACUCGUCGUCGAAUUGGUCGAGUGGUUGACAGAACCGAUAUUGUGUUUUAUUCGACAAAAUUGCAAGACUUUUAUAGAUAUGUCGGAAAUUCACAUGUUUUUGUCUUUUACACAAGUAUUCAGUAUGAUGCUGGCAGAUGAAACGCAAGUGAGCACAAUGUGGCUUCAGUGCGUAUUACUCUUUAGCAUGGUUUGGGGCAUGUGCUCGACAUUGACGAGCGAUAGUAGAAAAACGUUUGACGUGUAUCUGCGAAGAUUACUGCUCGGCAACAUCGAAGAAUAUCCCAAGCCGAAAGCGUUCAAGUUGACGAAACCACAAAUUUUUGCCGACAAAGGUUCAGUAUACGAUUGGAUUUUCGACAAAAGAAACAACGGAUGCUGGAUAUCCUGGAUGGACACUAUGCAGCAGGUAUCUUUACCGGCAACGGCGAAGGUCAGCGAGUUGAUCAUUCAGACGACCGAGAUGUCCAUUCAGCAUUUUUUCAUGAAGAAAUUCAUGCAGAGAUCAGUGCCGGUUUUGUUUGUGGGCCCGACUGGCACCGGCAAGUCUGCGAUUGUGCUGGAUUAUUUGAUGUCGCUGCCUCGAGAAAAGUUUCUGGAGAACGUUAUAAACUUCAGCGCGCGUACCAGCGCGCCGCAGACGCAAGAGAUAGUGAUGUCAAAGUUGGACAGAAGGAGAAAGGGAGUGUACGGUCCCGCGAUGGGAAAGAAGUGCGUAUUGUUCGUGGACGACCUCAGCAUGCCGCAGGUGGAAAUCUACGGCGCUCAACCGCCGAUAGAGUUACUUCGUCAAUGGAUAGAUCAAGGAUACUGGUUCGAUCCGAAGGACACGUCGAUGUUGCAGCUGGUGGAUAUGCUGCUGAUCGCAGCCAUGAUACCGCCCGGAGGCGGCUCGAACGUCGUGACGCCACGAUUCACCCGACACAUGUAUGUGGUCGGCAUCGAUUCCUUCGAGGAAGCCACGAUGACGAAGAUCUUCUCGUCGAUUCUCGACUGGCACUUCGCCAAGGGCUUCGUCGUGGAGGUUUCGCGGCUGAGCAGGAUGGUCGUGACCGCCACGUUGAACGUAUUCCUCGCGGCAAUCAAAAACUUCCUCCCGACGCCGUCGAGAAGCCACUACAAGUUCAACCUGCGCGACUUCAGUCGAGUUAUCUGCGGCGUUCUUCUGGUCCCGGCUGCCAGAAUGCGGGAUCCCGACAAGCUCAUCAGGCUGUGGAUUCACGAGGUGUACCGAGUGUUCCACGAUAGAUUGAUAGACGACACCGAUCGCGAGACGCUGUUCAAGAUGGUGCGGCACACGUGCUAUGAUCAGCUUCGUCAGCCGUUGGACAAGGUGCUCGCCGGUUUGCUGAAACCGGGCGAGAAAAUGAUCACGAGCUCUCACAUAUGUGACCUCUUCUUCGGGAAUUACAUCGAGCCGGACGCCGAGCCAAAGGUGUACGACGAGGUGACGGAUCGCGAGAAUCUUCAGGAGAAAAUGGACUACUAUCUGACCGAGUACAACGCGGUGUCGCAAACGCCGAUGAACUUAGUGCUGUUUCGAUACGCCGUUGAGCACAUCUCUCGCGUUUCCCGGGUGUUAUUGCAGGAUAAGGGUCACGCUCUGCUGGUUGGAGUGGGCGGUUCCGGUCGCAACUCCUGCGCCCGACUGGCGACUAGCAUGUGUGAAUACCUGAUAUACCAAAUCGAGAUCACGAAGAUGUACGGACCGGCCGAGUGGCGAGAAGAUUUGAAGAACUUGUUGCUACGCGUUGGCUGCGACGGCAAACCCACCGCGUUCCUCUUCGGCGAUCAUCAAAUUAAGGACGAGUCCUUCAUCGAGGAUAUCAGCAUGGUCCUGAACACCGCCGACGUACCGAAUUUGUACGUAGUGGAAGAGAAGGCGGAGAUACUAGACAAAAUGAUGACUGUGGCGCGAGACACGAGCGGCGGGCGAAAAGUAGAAACGACGCCGAUGGCGCUUUACAAUCUUUUUAUCGAACGGAUAAAAAAAAAUCUACACAUAAUUCUAACAAUGUCGCCGAUCGGCGACACCUUCCGGAACCGCCUCAGGAUGUUCCCGUCGCUCAUCAACUGCUGCACAAUCGACUGGUACACUCUGUGGCCGGAGGACGCUCUCGAGAGAGUAGCCAGGACAUCUCUAAGGGAUCUGGACAUCGGCUCGGAGUUGCGAGAAAAGUGCGUACAGAUAUGCAAGCAGUUUCACACGAGCGUGUCUGUGACGAGCGAGGAUUACUAUCUGACGUACGGCAGACGGUACUACGUCACGCCGACGAGCUUCCUGCAGCUGAUCAAAUCUCUGUACAGACUGUACGGGCAGAAAAUAGAGCAGAUCACGGUGCAGCAGAACCGCUACGAGACCGGCCUGGAAAAACUGGACUUCGCCGCCGGCCAGGUGACGGUUAUGCAGGAUGAGCUGCAGCAGCUUCAGCCGAAAUUACUGGCGCAAUCGCAACUGAGCGACAAGCUGAUGAUCCGCAUCGAACAAGACACCAUCAAUGUGGAAGCGAAAAAGGAAAUCGUGGCGGCUGACGAAGCUCUGGCGAACGAAGCGGCCGCAGCGGCUCAGGCGAUCAAGGACGACUGCGAGAGCGACCUGGCGGAAGCCACACCAGCGCUGGAAGCUGCCCUCGCUGCGUUGGACACCUUGAAACCGGCGGAUAUCACGAUCGUGAAGGCGAUGAAGAGCCCGCCGGCCGGCGUUAGAUUAGUCAUGGAGGCGGUUUGCGUGCUGAAGGGCGUGAAACCGGACCGAGUUCAGGAUCCGACCACCGGCCAGAUGGUAGACGACUACUGGCCCGCGUCCAUCAAGAUUCUAGGCGAUAUGAAGUUUCUGGAGAGCUUGAAAAACUUCGACAAGGACAACAUUCCGCCUGCGUACAUGAAGCGCAUCCGCGAGAAGUUUAUGAAUCAUCCGAGCUUUCAACCGGAAGCGAUCAAGAAGGUCUCCACCGCGUGCGAGGGUCUGUGCAAGUGGGUACGCGCGAUGGAGGUGUACGAUCGCGUGAUUAAGGUCGUGGCGCCGAAGAAGGCGAUGCUGGCGGAAGCCGAGGCGGCGCUGGCCGCGCAAAUGGAGACGCUCAACGCCAAGCGGACGCUCCUGCAGGAAGUGACGCAGAAACUGCAGUCGCUGAACGACGAGUUCGCCGAGUGUAUGCGCGAGAAGAAGAAGCUUGAAGAUCAAAUCGAUUACUGCACGCAGAAAUUGGAACGAGCGGAGAAGCUGCUGGGCGGUCUGAGCGGCGAGAAGGACAGAUGGAGCGAAACCGCCGGCAAAUUGGGCGCCAGUCUCGACAACGUGAUCGGGGACGUUCUGCUGUCAUCGGGAAUGGUGGCUUAUCUAGGGGCGUUCACGGUGGAGUACAGAAAUAAAUUGAUCAACGAGUGGCACGCCUCUUGCGUGGAAGCGGCGAUACCGUGCGGCGCGAGGUUCAAUCUGAUCGACAUAUUAGGCGAACCGGUGGAGAUCAGAAGCUGGACUAUUCAUGGCCUGCCAGCCGACAACUUCUCCGUGGAGAACGGGAUAAUCGUAAAGCACGCCGAUCGAUGGCCGCUCAUGAUCGACCCUCAGAAUCAGGCGAACAAGUGGGUGAAAAAUAUGGAGAAGCCCAACAAAUUGGCAGUGAUUAAACUCACGGAUCCGAAUUACGCGAGGGUGAUGGAAAUGUCUAUUCAACUAGGCAUUCCGGUGCUACUGGAGAACAUUGUCGAAGAGAUCGAUGCAAUUCUAGAACCCGUGCUGCUGAAGAACGUAUACAAGCAACGCGGAAUAUUAUACAUGAAGUUCGGCGAGGUCGUAUUGGAGUACAACUCGAAUUUUCGAUUUUACAUCACCACGCGUCUGCGAAAUCCGCAUUAUCUGCCUGAGAUCGCGGUGAAGGUGACAUUGCUGAACUUCAUGAUCACGCCGCAGGGUCUGCAGGAUCAAUUGUUGGGCAUAGUCGUGGCGAAGGAGCUGCCGACGCUGGAGGAGAAGAAGAAUCAGCUGAUCGUGGAGGGCGCGAACAAUCGAAGGAUCCUGAAGGAGAUCGAGGACAAAAUCCUGGAGGUCCUCACGACGUCGGAGGGCAACAUUCUCGAGGACGAGACCGCCAUCAAGAUACUCUCGACGUCGAAGACGCUGUCGGAGGACAUUCAGGCGAAGCAGCAGGUCGCGGUGAAGACUUCGGCGGAAAUAGACACGGCUCGCAACGGCUACGCGCCCGUCUCGAAGCACGGCGCGGUCCUCUUCUUCUGCAUCUCCGAGCUCGCCAACAUCGAUCCCAUGUAUCAGUAUUCGCUACCGUGGUUCAUUCAUCUCUACGUCAUGGCGAUAACUCACAGCGGACGAUCCAAGGAUCUGGACUUGCGGAUGAGCAGUCUCAAUUCGUACUUUACGGCGAGCAUCUAUAGAAACGUGUGCCGCUCUCUCUUCGAGAAAGACAAGCUGAUAUUCUCUCUGGUUCUCUGCGCCGGUUUGAUGCGAGCUUCUCAGAAGUUGGAGGAGGAUCUCUGGGUCUUUCUGUUGACAGGUGGAGUCGCUCUGGACAAUCCUUAUCCCAAUCCCGACUCCUCAUGGCUGUCCGAGAAAUCCUGGUCCGAAGUCGUCAGAGCCAGUCUUCUGCCGGGUCUCGAAAAGCUGAGAGAGUCCUUUCAGACCAACAUAUCGCGGUGGAAGGUGUAUUACGAUCUGCCGAAUCCGCAGGACCAUCCUUUCCCACCGCCGUUCGAGCACGAGGACGAGAGCUUGAGGAAACUCGUGAUCCUGAGAUGCGUACGGACGGACAAGCUAGUCAGCGCCGUGCAGGCUUUCGUCAUUCGUCACAUGGGCACGCCGUUCGUCGAACCGCCGCCCUUCGAUCUUCAGAGCUCCUACGACGACUCAAGCAACGUUACGCCUCUCAUCUUCGUGCUCUCGCCCGGCUCGGAUCCGAUGGCCGGCCUGAUCAAAUUCGCCGAGGAUCGCGGGAUUUCGAAGAGGAACCUGAUGACGAUAUCGCUGGGUCAGGGCCAGGGACCGAUCGCGACCGGCAUGAUCGAGCGAGGCAUCAAGAGCGGCGAGUGGGUCAUUCUACAGAACUGUCAUCUCGCCAUUUCCUGGAUGAAGGAGCUCGAUCGGAUAUGCGACGAGGUCAUCGUGCCCGAAAACGCGCAUUCGAACUUCCGGAUCUGGCUGACGAGCUAUCCAGCCAAGGGAUUCCCGGUGUCUAUACUGCAAAACGGCGUCAAGAUGACGAACGAGCCGCCGAAGGGGCUGAAGAGCAAUCUGUUGCGAAGUUAUCUGAACGAUCCCAUCUCGGAUCCCAAGUUCUUCCGCGAGUGCACGAAGAUGGUGGAAUGGCGGAAGUUGCUGUUUUCCCUCUGCUUCUUCCACGCGGUGGUGCAGGAGAGACGGAAUUUCGGUCCGCUCGGUUGGAACAUACCUUACGAGUUCAACGAGUCUGAUUUACGCAUCAGUAUUCUACAAUUGCAACUAUUCUUGAACGAUUAUCUCGAAAUACCAUUCGAUGCGCUCAUAUACUUAACGGGAGAAUGCAACUACGGCGGCAGAGUGACCGAUGAUAAGGAUAGACGUUUGCUGAACUCGCUGCUGAAGAACUUUUAUAAUCCUGACGUUGUUAUAAUUAAUAAAUAUUCCUUUUCACCGAGUGGCAUUUAUCACAUGCCGGAAGACACCGAUUACGAAGAAUGCCUGAAAUAUAUUCGCAGCUUACCUAUCAAUCAGCUACCGGAAGUUUUCGGUUUGCACGAGAACGCGGACAUAGCGAAGGAUAAUCGGGAAGCGAUGCAGUUGUUGGCCGGUGCGCUUUUGACCCAACCGCAAAUCAGCGGAGUAGGCGUCGAAAAAGACACAGACGAAAUGGUUUCUGUUCUGGCCAGUGAAAUCCUAUCGAAGAUGCGACCGCAAUUCGACAUUGAAUACGUGUCGAGCAAAUAUCCGGUGCUUUACAUGAAUAGCAUGAACACGGUGUUGCGCCAGGAACUUGUUAGAUUCAACGAACUCACUGUAGUCAUCAAGGAAACGUUGAGCAAUGUACAGAAGGCCAUUAAAGGGCAAGUGCUAAUGUCGCCAGAAUUGGAGGAAGUCUAUGUUAGUAUGAGCAUCGGUAAAGUACCGCUCGCUUGGGAUAGGAAAUCGUAUCCCUCGCUAAAACCUCUUGGCAGCUACGUAAACGAUCUGCUAGCAAGGCUGCAGUUUCUGCAAGAUUGGAUCGACCACGACGUACCUAACGUCUUUUGGAUAUCCGGCUUUUUCUUCACACAAUCGUUUCUGACGGCGGUGCUGCAGAAUUAUGCUCGCAAACACAAGAUACCGAUCGAUCAUCUGGACUUCGAAUUCGAGAUCACUCCGUUCGAGACGAGCGUCGAUGCCGCUCCUUCUUACGGCGUUUAUACAAUCGGUCUUUUCUUGGAAGGAGCUCGGUGGAACAGAAAGAAGAGAUUGCUAGACGAAUCCAAGCCCAAGAUAAUGUUCGACGUUCUACCUGUUAUAUGGCUAAAGCCCGGCAUAAAGGCCAAAUUUGAUAUAAAAGAUGUCUACCAUUGUCCGGUGUACAAAACGAGCGCUAGACGCGGCGUAUUGGCUACUACCGGGCAUUCCUCCAAUUUUAUACUUUAUAUACUGAUUCCGACGGAUCUAGAUGAAUCACAUUGGAUCAACCGAGGUGUGGCUGCUCUUUGUCAACUCGAUGAUUAAAAACUGAUAAGUUAUGGCUUAUCGAUAUGAUGAGGAGUGAUAUAAAUAGCAUCCCGGAUAAUAUCUAUAGCUGGAUCAUCCUGUGAGAAACUGAAAGUGACCAAACGAGGGGCAGGUAAGAAUCCGAAAAAUGUCAAUAAAAUGCGUGUGAUAAGAAUACGCUUGGAAUGGCUUGUUUCGGUAUCUUUUGUUAAUCCUGAAACUGGUUAUUCUGUAUUUUACCUACAAAAACAGAAUUAUAUUUAUAUUUCAAGGAUAACCACAGAAUACCAAUUCCAUAGGAAAAAAUACAUUGUUUUACAUUCCUCCGACAUACUGUUAAGAAUUAGAAAUGUGCGGAUUCACGUGUGAGAGAACUGCAUGUAACGCAUACUAAUUAUACACAGAAAAGAAUCAUCUCGAUUUAUGAUCUCAUUAUGUGAAAAAAAGAAAGAUACAGGAUCUUUCAGAAAGAAUCUCUUAGGGUUCGACGAUAUUAUUCAAUUUUAAAAUCGUUAGAGGUAAGAUUCAGAAAUGUUAUAAAAAUAUGAUAUUCGUGACGAAAAAUAGUUUCAAACACGUAAUUAAUCAUUUGAUCAAACUUCAGAGAUUUGUAUGUAAUGUGUUUGUGUUUGUGAUUUCACUUAUCGCUACUGGUAUUUAGAUCGAAACGAUUAAACGCGAUGUCAUAGUUUCAACCACUUUCACAUGCAAGAAAGUAGUUGUUUAUUUACGACAGACUAUUUUAUAGUAAACAGCGUGGAAUUAAUUCUCGUUUGCGCUUUAAAAAUUAUCAGUAUACUUCACAUAAUAUUGAUCGCAUUAGCUGCUUAUAAUGUACAGUAUUAUCAUCGUUACAGGCCACAAGUUCAAGUAAAUUUUGACUUCAAAAUAAGAUAUUUUUGUCAACUUUGUUACAACACAGAUAUUUUUUG